AUGAGCGAUACAUCAUCACCAAAGGAUUCACCAGUACAAUCUCACGUACCUGUAUUACAGAAAGCUGUUUUUACAAAGGUAGAACAUUUAAAACCAAUGACAAGCGGUCAUAAUUUGGUAUUAAAAGUAUUGAGUUCAAAGGUUGUCAUUGAUAGAAAUAAAGACAGGAAAGAGUUUAUUUCAGAGGCCGUAGUUGGAGAUGAAACCGGUACCAUUAUUUUAACUGUAAAGAAUGAACAAAACGAUGUAGUUCAACCAGGUAAUACAAUUAUUCUUAGAAAUGGUACUAUCAGAGUUUUCAAUGGAUUUAUGAGACUGUAUGUGAAUGUUUGGGGAAAUAUUAAACCAGCACCAGAGCCUGCCGAUUUCACAGUGAACACUGCUAACGAUCUCUCUGCAAUCGAAUAUGAACUGAAGAAAUAA